UCGUGUGUCCUUUCUUUCCGGGUUCCUUUCAGCCAUGGAGUUUCUUUUUCCCAAAUCCAUCUUCCUCCCCAGUUUUCCAACUUCCAGCCGAGCAGGAGAUUGGCGUUCUUCUUCUUAUUAGUGGGAUUGAGACCGUUGUUUGAAACAACAAUUUCCGUCACGGAUGCGACGGGGAAAAUGUUGAAGCGGCAGAAAUUGUUCUGCUUUUCAGGUUUAGAUUUAGGGCUUAAUUUGCUUCUUCGCCAUUGAAGGUGCUGGAGGGGUGCGAAUGUUUUCUGCCACCAUAACGAGGAAGACGGUGGGCUUAAGCUGAAAAUGCUGAAUGGUUAGGAUUGGGGGUAAGAAUGUACGGACAGGAUAUACUAUAAUAAAACGGCGUAGUUUUGAUUAAUGAAUUGUCUCUUGUCAUCAGAUGAAGUGGACUGAUAGGGUAAGGACCAUCAAGAGGGGGCAGCACCAAGAGCAAAUUAGGCACCCCUCCUUCUUGGCUUUGUUGCUUCGAAAGCACGCAUUUCUACCUCUAUAUACAAUCAGUAAAGUAGGGCUGAACACUACGUUGUCUUCUUCACUCCUUUAUGACCUUACUGUACACUCCAUGGCCCAAGAUUCUUUCUCCGAUCUUCUCUACGAAUUGUUCUUCUUGUCUUCUUUCUUCUCUUUUGUUGCCACUGAACUUCUCUGCGUUGAAUACCCAUCUUUCUCUGCUCUGUUUUUCCAACAUGAACAUGAUCAACAUGUCCCAUUGACUGAUGAUCAUUGUCAUCCACGCUCGCAGUUUCGGAAGUUCAUCAUCCGGCAUGAAAACCUUCCCUCGUCACCGUCACCGUCACCGUCACCAUCACCAUCGUCAUCGUCAUCGUCAUCGUCAUCGUCAUCGUCAUCAUCUUCUUCUUCUUGGCCUAAUCAAGUAACAGAACAUGUGAGAUCUUCUAACAGAACAGUUGAAUCCUUGCAAGUCAUAUGUGAAAUCUGCGCAGAAAUUAAACGAACAACCCAGAUGAUCAGGAGCCCAACAUGCCACCAUUCGUUCUGCUCUGAUUGUGUAACAAAACAUGUGGCCACAAAAAUCCAAGACAGCAUAACAGCAGUUUCGUGUCCUGGUUUGGAUUGUAAGAGUGUUUUUGAGAUGGAAGCUUGUCGGCCAUGGCUUCCCAAGGACUUGCUUGAAAGGUGGGAUCAGGCUCUGUGUGAAGCUCUGUUUCUGCAACUCCCAACAAUUUAUUGCCCCUUUAAGGAUUGUUCAGUUAUGUUGCUGGUUGAGAAUGAGGAAGAUCAACAAGCUGCAAGGGAAACAGAGUGCCCUGUUUGCCACAGAUUGUUCUGUCCAAGAUGUAAUGUACCAUGGCAUCAUGGAGUCGAUUGUGAGGAAUACCAGAAACUGAAUGAGAAUGAGAGAGGAAGUGAAGAUUUGCUUGUGAGACAGCUUGCUAAAGAGAAGAAAUGGAGGAGAUGUCCUAAGUGUAAGUUCUAUGUGGAGAAGACAACUGGAUGCUUGCAUAUCACUUGCAGGUGCAAAUAUCAGUUUUGUUAUGCAUGUGGAGAAGAAUGGACAACUCAUCGAGCCUGCCAAGGAAAUUAGAUUAUUUAAUGCCAAGGUUUGAUGAAGAGCAUAUAAUCAUCAGUUAUCGCUCUGUAAUUUUUGAUAUGUUUGUUUGUGUAGAAGACUUGACAUUAACUUGUCCAGAUUGAGGUUGAUCUCGGCAAGAAAAUUUCACAAGCGCGAUCUUGUAAUAAAUAUUUAGACCGUGCCUGGAUAGAAGGAUUUUAAUUUGAAUUUUAGAUUUAAAAUCUCAUAUUUAAAAUACAUAUCAUUUAUUUGGGUAGUAUAAAAAACACUUAUAAGAAUGAGUUGUCCUACUUACAAGACUUGUUCACAUGUUUGGAUAACAUUGAAAGAGGAUGGUUAAGAUUUGAAAUAAUUAGGGUAGAUUAGGUGUUUAAAAUUUUAAAGGAAUUGUAAAAAAAUUUUGCUGGGAUUUAUAUAAAAUCCAAAUGCAUACAAUUUUAUGUAUCUAAAAAGUAGAUUUGGUCAAAAUUCAAAUCUCAUUGAUCCAAACAUAAGAUAAGGACAUAAGGUAUUAUUUAUUGAUGGAUGAUAGUUUCUGUUUUCACUGCUUUUCUUUGUAGCCUAGGGGGCUUUCUAAAACGUGCAUUGAAAUGUCUGUUCAAACACAAGAUCAUAUCAGUUUUGAAAUUACUUGACAAUUAAAAUUCAUGUGUAACCAAUAAAGGUUAGUUCCAUUAGCAAGGAUUUGACUUAUAAUUUAAAAAUUUGUGCAUGUAAAUCCCACUGUUAAUGUGAUGAUCUUGUUGGUAUAUGGUGUGAGAAUAUCUUUGUAAAUACUUUUUGAGUCUAGGGGCAUACCCUUGUCUUCACAA